GUUCAACCAUGGGAAGCAGCACGAUCAUGGCGUCCGAGCUUCGCGUGGGGUUUGUUGGCAUUGGUAUCAUGGGAAAGAGCAUGGCCGGGCAUAUCUUGGACGCUGGGUACUCUCUCACCGUGUACAGCCGCACGGCGAGCAAGUGUGACGACCUUGUAGCUCGUGGGGCCAAGCUCGCGCUCUCGCCUGCCGAAGCGGCUAAAGAAGCGGAUGUCGUUUUUACGAUCGUCGGGUAUCCCUCGGACGUCCGCGAAGUGAUUCUCGGCUCAAAUGGUGUGCUUUCGACCCUUCGCUCUGGCGGGAUUGUCGUCGACAUGACGACGAGCGAGCCGUCUUUGGCCAAGGAAAUCUACGCCGCAGCAGCCGUCAAGGGCGUGUCCUCGAUCGAUGCGCCUGUGUCGGGCGGAGACGUCGGUGCGAAGGAAGCGCGCUUGUCCAUCAUGAUCGGUGGCGACGCCGCGGCCCUUGCGACGGUCCGCCCAUUGUUUGAAGUGAUGGGCAAGAACAUCCGACACAUGGGCGGCGCUGGCGCUGGCCAACACACCAAGAUGGUCAACCAGAUCUUGAUUGCCACCAACAUGAUUGGCGUGGUCGAAGGCUUGUUGUAUGCGUACAAGAGCGGCCUGGACCUGAACGAGGCGAUCGCGGCCGUCGGUGCCGGCGCCGCGGGCUCGUGGUCCAUCAACAACAUGGGCCCACGCAUUGCCAAGCGGGACUUUAACCCUGGCUUUAUGGUCGAGCACUUUAUCAAGGACAUGGGGAUUGCCCUAAAGGAAUCGCAAGCCAUGGGCCUGUCACUGCCUGGCUUGGCUCUCGCAAACCAGCUCUACCUCGCCGUCCAAGCGCUGCCGAAUGGCCCAAAAUUGGGCACGCAAGCGCUCAUGUUGGCGUUCGAAAAGCUCAACUCGAUCGACUACGCUUAGAUAAGUCACAACGUGACAUCCUUCGCCGUGGGUGGGGCCAGGCCGUUGGUCGAGUGCGUUGGGUUGUCUUGCAGGGCUCGGAGGUUGGCGUGCGUUUUGCGCUUCCGUCGGCUUUUGUCGACAGCAAACUGAAGAAACCGUGCCCACUCAUGAACUGCUUCGUCGUCACCGUACAGCUUCGGGGCAUACUUUUGCAGCUUC